AUGCAGCACCUAAUGGGAAUCGAGGGAGUGAUAGUAGAUCUUGUGCAAGAGAUCACGGAGGCGGGGGGACAAGAAUCUGUUGGAAGGAGACGGGAAGAUGCAAAUGCAAUUGAAAUCAAAGCCAGAGUUCUCGCAGAGGGAGCUUUCUUUUCUUUUGAAGUUGAUUCCAGAGUUGAUACAGCUCUAAUGAUGCUUGGGUAUUUCAAGGAGAUCGACUCUCCUCCACCUAGUAGAGGCUACCCAGAUGAGGAAUUGGGUGGCCAAGAGAAGAGUAGAAACUACCCCAAGAGCAAGGGAACUCAAAAUUGGACUUUUGGAAACGGGAAACUGCAUUGCAGUUUUGGAAACUACAUUGCAGUGAAUAAAGGCCAACGGAGUUGGUCCCUUGCAGACGGUGGCAGGCCGGCGAUGGGCGGUGGUGGUGGCAGGUGGCCGGCGGUGGUGACCGGAACCGGCAUCGGAAUUCCGACGGUGGUGACCGGAAUCAGCAUCGGGAUUCCGGCGGUGGUGGCCAGCGGCGGGAUUCCGGCUAUGGUGGUUGGCUUGAUAUAG